AUCUAUCUAAUCUACAUUAUCUAUCUACCUAUUUAUCUAUCCCUUUUCUCUUAUAUAUUUAUAUAUAGAAGAUUAUAUCUCUGUAUCAGUGCAGUUGGAUAUGUUGUGAAUAGAUUUAUGCAAAAAUAAAAGAAUAAAAAAAAUUCUCAAAACCAAGGAAAGCAAAAGGAAGGUUCUUUUAUUCCAUUAAAAAACAAAAUCAAACAAAAAAAAACCUUUCCCUUAACAAAUAACAUUUAAAUCACAGUAGGGAAUGGCUGCUGUCAAAUUCACAAGCAAUAAUUUCUUGAGAGGAGAUGCUUAAGAUUAGGAGACAUCCCAAAAUGUAAAAAAAAGUAAAUGUAAAUAAAAAAAAGAAUAAGGAGAGGUAGAGCAAGAACUCUCUCCCUACUCUUUGAAAAAAAAAAAAGAAAUAUAUACAAGGAGCAGAACAUAAAUGAAAAUCAGAAUAAAAGAGAAAUAUAUAAAAACGGAAAGAACAAGAACAAAAACGCCAGAAUCCUCUGCAGUUGGAAGGGAGACAAUUCUGGCUUAACUUAAACGUUUGAAAAUUUUAAGUUUUUGUUGGCUUUUUGUUUUUUUUAAACGAAGAAAUAUCAAAAACGAAAAAAUGUCUUCUAUCAUAUUAUAUUGAAUCAAAGGAAAUUCAUACAUUUCUAAUUCUCUUUUAGUUUCCUAAAAAAAGAUACGAAAAGAAAAAAGUCUGCCUCUCUCUCACUCUCUCUUCUUCCAAAUAAUGACUGAACAGUUGCUAAGUAUAUCCUUUAAUGUAUCUUAGCAAGUGUUUAGCCCAUUGCUAUGUACAAAGAAGGAAAAAAGUAAAAUACAAAACAAACAGGGACAAAAACCAAACCAAACCAAAGAAACCAACCCUGAUAAAUGAUUCACGUUGUCUUUCCUACAACGUGUAAUACCAACAUGGAUCAGACAAAAACCUUGCAAUAGUGGCCUUUGUUUUUUUUUGUUUUUUUUCUUUUGGAGUAAGAAGAAAAAGUUUGAAAUAUUUUUUUAGAAACAAACUUCAAUAUAUUCAGCUGUAAACAAAUUUAUUUCUAAGAAGAAAAAAAAAGAAAGAAAAGUAAAAUAAAAAAAUAAAAUAAAAAGGAAUUUGAAGAGGAAAAAAAUAAUUUCUUAUAUAUUUCUAAUAUAAAACUGAAAUAUAUUGUUUCUGAAUGAAAUAUUUGAAAUAUUUCUAUUUUUGUUGAAAAGUACUUGAAAUAAAUUAGAAGAAAGAAUAUCAUCUUGUUUAACUGCAGAGUAAAAACAGUUUGAUAACAUAUACUGCUACUACUACUACUACUACUACUACUACUACUACUACUACUACUACUACAACUACUACUACUACUACUACUACAAAUAUGUUUCCUGUACAGCCAAUCUACUCAAUGGGGAAACAGUUUAAUUUCGACUUCUAUGGCAAACCUGCUUUCCCAGCAAAUGAACAUUUGAAAAGCUAUGAAAGUGUUUCCCAUUUGUCUGAUAAAUCAUUUGGUUUCGACCUUUGUUCGAAACCACCCAAUCACAACAACAACUCUCUUGCCAUGAAAAAUCAUGGCAAGAAAUCUAUGAACAACUCUUCUUCAGAGUCAAUGUUAACUCAUUCUGGCAACAGUGAGUUACCAAACAGGGAGGGCUGUAACCAUAUCGGUAAUAGCAAUGUUGGAAACAAACCCUUUAACUGCACUGUUUGCUGCAAGAGUUUCAGCCAGCGGGCAAAUCUCAACAAUCAUGAACGUGUGCACACUGGGGAACGGCCGUUCAGUUGCAGUUUCUGUCAAAAGUCAUUCAGCCAGAAGGCUAACUUGAAAAACCAUGAACGUGUUCACACUGGUGAAAAGCCUUUCAGGUGUCCAUUUUGUGAAAAAACCUUUAGCCAGCGAGCUAACCUAAGUAACCAUGAACGCAUUCAUACUGGCGAGAAGCCGUUUGUAUGUCAUGUGUGUCAAAAAGCAUUCAGCCAGAAGGCAAACUUGAAUAAUCAUGAACGUGUUCACAGUGGCGAGAAACCAUUUAGCUGUACCUUUUGUGGUAAGGGCUUCUCUCAACGCGCUAACCUUAUUUCUCACGAGCGAAUUCAUACAGGCGAGAAACCAUUUGUGUGUGUUGUGUGUCGGAAAGCUUUCAGUCAAAAAGCAAACUUGCAUAAUCACGAACGUAUUCACACUGGUGAGAAACCCUUUAAUUGUCCAUUCUGUGGCAAAGCUUUCAGUCAAAAGGCGAACCUUGUCAACCAUGAACGCAUCCACACUGGCGAGAAACCAUAUCAUUGCGAGACGUGUCACAAAGCUUUCAGUCAAAAGGCCAAUUUACAUAACCAUCAACGUAUUCACACUGGAGAGAAACCAUUUCAUUGCGAUGUGUGCCAAAAAUCUUUCAGUCAGCAAGUCAAUUUGAAUAACCACGAGCGUAUACACACAGGGGAAAGGCCUUUCAAAUGUAAGAUAUGUGAGAAAACAUUCUCUCAAAAAGCCAAUCUGCACAAUCAUGAACGCAUUCACACUGGUGAGAAACAUGCUAGCUGUGAUUCAUGUCCAAAACUGUAUGGUCCUCAUGGGAAACAUAAGGAUCCCUGUUCCUCUCAUGGACCAGGAAAGCCAUUUGAUUGUUCAUACUGCGACAAGGACAUGACUGCAAGAAACAGUAUGAACCCUCACCAACCCCUAUCACCAAAUGUAAAACCAUUUGUCUGUCCAUACUGUGGCAAAGGAUUUUGUGAAAAAUCUAAUUUGAAUAUCCAUGAGAAUUAUUGUCCUCAGAAGAGACUUUCUCUCAAGCAUGCCUUAAACAACAGUAGCAGCAGUACCAUGACUACCACCACCACUACCAACAACAACAACAACAAUACCGGUGGUAGUAGCAACGGUAACAACAACAGCAACAAUAACAGGAAUGGUGAGAAUUUCCAUGGACAACAAGGCCACAACAAUGAUGCGACGCCACAUCAUACAGAUAAACAGAUGAGUUGUGAUGGAUACAAAGCGAAGAAUUACUCACCUCGAACAGGCACCAUGAAAGAUGGUGGUAAAGACACGGUGUCAGCCCAGAACCCAUCUGUUGGCAGGAGCGAUGGAGGUUCCUCCCUCAGUCAGUCACAAAUGGGAAGAAUUCCGCCAUUGAACAUACCAUCGUCCAGAAUAGGUUCCUCGUCGUGUUUCCCCCAGAUGACAGCCGGAUGGGAAAACAACUACAGCUGGUCCAGAACAUUCCCUAUGGCGCCACCACGUUGGGGCCAGAACUGGGCAAAUGCAGCCGGUAUGCCUCCAUUGCAGGCACCGUUAACUUCUGGAAUCCGAUCACACAAGCCUCGUGAACAGAACUAGCUCCUCCAAGAUUGUAUAUACCUGUAGACAUUUUACAAACAAACACGUGAUUGAACGAACAAGGAAAGACAGACAGACAGAUAGCUAGAAAGAAACAUGACUAUGAGGUAUGGCAAUGCUCCAGCAUGGCCACUGCCGACUGGCUGGAACCAGUAUAAAGAGUAUUUUAUUUAUAAAGUACCUAGUUAACUCUCUCUCUUAAAAACCACCCUGAAGAACAACAGCAGCAACAACAAUUAUUAUAAUAGCAGCAGCAGCAAGGAAAAGCAGUGAUGUGGGUCGAGCAGCAGACUAGAUUCUUCACAGUAUUUAGUUUGUUGACAUUACUUUUACACUCCUCGUGAAGAUGAGGAUGGGGGAAGGGUAAAUGGGGAAAGAAACGGGAGGGGGGGUUGAUAAAAGAAGUACCAAUAAUAUAUAUUAUAUCAUUAUGCGAUAUGGUGGAGUGGAAGAGGUGAGUCGGGUCAUUUCAGUAUACAACAAACCACACCCGCUCUUUCUUCUCACCUCUCACAAAAAAUGGUUUUCACUUGUGCCAAAGGCAGAAACCAGUAACAACUGUUACAGCAGCAACUGUGACAACAACAACAACUACAAUAUACAUCAUUGAGACAAUUUAUUUUGCUUUUAUUUUAUAUUUAUAUAUUAAAAAAAAAACACGGAAACCCUAAUGAUUUCUUACAUAGAUGUGACAUCAGAUUUGUAAAGAGGGAGGGGGGAAAAGGACUUAGGGAGAAGGGGCUUAGGGACAGUGGGGAAUGGAGAUGACAAGUGGUGACAUUGAUGCAUUUUCUCUUGAGAUACCAACCAUGGAAUAAUUUGUUGCAUAGAUUUAUAAGAAAACAAAAGCCUAAUAUUUGUUAAAUUGCUUAAGGUUCUCAAGAAAGGCUCAAAUGUCUCCUAAAUUCAUUGAAGGGAAAGCAAAUGGUGUAGAGAGGAGGAAAAUAUUUUACAAGGCAAGUCCCUUUCCUUAUUAUACUGCUGACGAUGCUUUUGUUUUGAGAGAAGCAUAAAUGAAUGUCUCAUAAUUUCAUUUAAUUGUAUUAAUAUAACGCCUAAAUUAUCAAUAUGCAAAAAAACAAAGAGUUUUUUUUUCAGCUUACUUAAUAAGUCUGGAAUAUUUAUGAGUUAAGAAAAACAAACAAAAAAAAAACCCAAAAUAUAAUUUUUCAGACAUAUCAUAGCAAUGUGGAUAGCAUUUUGGAUUAGUUUUGAUAUUGUCAGAAAUCAACAAUAGCGAACACCUUGAUGGGUUAUCUAAAAACUCAUUCAAAAUUCAUUCAUUUUGGGAGCAAUUUUUCAAGUACAAUCUGUGAAGAAUGCUGUGCUACUACUGAUAAAACUUUAAUGAAUGUAAUUGGCAUCGAAUAUUUAAUAUUUGCAGCACAGUAGCAAAGUUGUAACAGUUUAAAAAAAAAUUUU